AAGUCGAUUCUUAUCGAUGGUAAACAACAUCGACGGUUUACGAAAAUUAGCAUUCGCCUGAUAAGCAAGUGGAACACUACGGCCACCAGAUAUAACGCCAUGCUAUAAACGCUCCGCGGGCACGUUUUCGUCAGCCCCAGCCACAAACAGGCCAACUUCAGUCGGGGGCAGUACACAGGCAGAAAAAAAAACAGCAGCAACAGUGAAAAAGCUCCACCUCGAAAAACGCAACAAUGUUUGCCACACUGAAAAACAAGAUCAAGGAGGAAACUGGCGAUGAUGUGGUCCAAUCGGCCAAUCAACGUUAUCCCGGCAACAACAACAACAAUUACCGGCUACGUAGUCGCCGCGUUAGCAUUAAUUCCAACUCAGCUGAUGAUGUGGGCGGUGGCGGAUUCUAUAAUGAGUCGGAGCAACUGUGCCAGCUGCGGAGCCAGUGCAACGAGCUCACCACGAAGCUGUCCACCGUCACGCAGGGAUUGCAGCAGUUGCAGGAGGAGAAGACCCGCGUGGACAAGACCAACGAGAUUUUGCUAGAGAGUGUGCGUGUGGCCCAGACCCAGAAGGACAUCUACUGCGAGGAGCAGGAGAAGAUCCAGAAUCUGCAGCAAAUCGAGAUUGACAAGCUGAAGAAUCUACUAAGCUUUCGGGAGCAGGAGUCUGUGGAUCGCAUGGGUCUCAUGCGCCAGCAGACCCAGCAAAUCGAGUCCUUGAGCGAGGAACUAGAACGGCUGCGUCCCAUUGAAUCCGUGGCCGAAGAUCUACGCGACGAACUAGAGCAACUGCGACAUUCCACACAGCAGGAGAAGAACUUACUGACCACCACAUUGGCGGCGGUACAGGAGGAGAACCGGCACCUCAAGAAGCGCAUGAAGAUCGUCGAAGAGUCGCGACUCGAGUCCCUGGGCAAACUAAACUCCGAGCAACAAGUGCAAGCCCUCAUCCGGGAACAUAAACUGCUGGAGCAGCACUUGGAGGAGGCCCAUCUGCAGUUGUCGGACAUCAAAGGCUCGUGGAGUGGCCAGAAUCUGGCGUUGGAAACCCAAGUUAGUCGCCUAUCAAAGCAAGUGGCCGAAGAGACCACCGAGAAGCGAAAGGCUCUUAAAUCCCGCGACGAUGCCAUUGAAAGCCGAAAGCAGGUUUCAUUUGAACUGGAAAAGGCCAAAGAUGAAAUUAAGCAGCGGGACGAUAAGGUCAAGCUGCUGGAGGAGGAAAUCGAUGAACUCAGUGUGACCCUUAAAGAGUGCCGAGAGGAGAACGAGCAGCAAAUCCUCUUUGAGCGCAACAAAUCUCAAAAUCUGGAAACAGAUGUAAAAGAUCUCAAGACUCGUCUCACGGCAGCGGACGAAAGGUUCAGCGAGUACUCCUCGAAUGCCGAGCAGGUGGCCCAAAAGCUACGCGCUCAAGUGACUGAAAAGCAGGAGCAGCUGGACGAAACCCUAAUGCAACUGGAAAUCGAACGAGAGGAGAAAUUGACUGCAAUACUUCGCAAUGCGGAAAUCGCCCAGAGCGAAGACAUUUUACGACAGCAGUUGCGCUUAGAACGCAGCGAGGCCUCCGACCUCCAGGAUAGGAAUAAUCAACUGGAAAGGGAUAUCUCUGAGGCACGGCAAACGUUGCAACAGGUCAGCACCACAGCGCAGGAUAAUGCCCACAAGUUGACCGAGUUCGAGGGAGUUCAGUUGGAGAUAAUCGAAAAGAAUAAGACAAUAAAAACACUGAAUCAGCGUUUGAUUGACUUGAAAAAAACCGUGCAAAAGGAACUACGCAGUGCGCAGAUAUCCACAGACAGUGAAUCUCAUCCGACAACGACACCAGGUCACAGAAUCUCAAGCUCAUCUCUAGAGGGAUAUUCAACUGGUGACAGGGGAAAUUGCGUCAUAAUGGACGAAGUUAAUUUUCAAUAUUUGAAACACGUAAUUGUUAAGUUCUUGACCAGUCGUGAGGUGGAAGCUCGCCACCUUGUACGUGCCGUAUCCACCUUACUUCAAUUGACUUCCGAGGAGGAAAAGCUGCUGCAUGACACGUUGAAUUGGAAGAUGAGUUGGUUCGGCAUGAAACCAACUUAAGUACCCACUGCAAUACAUCACAUUUGUACUCUAGUCUAUAGUCAAUUCAUAACGUUCGUGUAAUAUGUACAUAGCAAUUGCAUACGCAGCACUGUGUUAUUUUGUUAACAACAACAUUCCAUUUUGUUAAAUAGUA